AUGGAAUUGAGCUACUUGGUUGACAUAUUCGAGAAACUAAAUAUCUUGCACCUUCAGCGACAAGGAGCAAAUACACAUAUAUUGGAUACGAGUGAUAAAGUUAACGCUUUUUGUAGAAAAUUGGAAUUGCGGAGCAGAAAUUUGAAGCAAACGAACCUGGAAAUGUUUGCAAAUAUUGAAGAACAACAUAUGAAAGUUGUUUUCGUAGCCAUUGAAAAUCAUUUAGCGGUGUUGAAAAAGAAUUUUAAAAAAUAUUUUCUUUUCGACGACAAAUCAAUACUUAGUUACGAGUGGGUUAGGAAUCCGUUUCAAAUUACUUCCGAAGGGCUCUCAACUGCCGAAGAAGAAAUCUUCAUAGACUUGACAGCAAACGCCGAAAUCAAAAACCAGAGCGUUUUAAAAUUCCAAUAUCGAAAAUGGUUUUCCGCAAUUUCUCUGUUACCACUGCAUUAUCCAUCAGCAAGCAUUAUUUGGACAUUUUCUGAAACUAAACAGCGUUAUGAAAUUGGUAGUAAAAAUUGUGAACAAGCCUUGGCCGAUGAAAGGGACUGCCAAUACGGGAAACUACUGCUUCACUCUGGACUGGACAAUUCAAUCUGGCUUAGAGGUUUUGGUUUUCUUGUGGGUAUUACAGGAAAAUUAAAUGAACUUAAUUUGCAGCUUCAGGGGAAGAGGCGAAGAACUGGCAGAAAUGAUUUCUGA